GGAGCGGUGCCGGAAGUGCUUGGGGAGGGCCGCGCAGUCGGACCGGCUGCUGAGACGAAAGCUUCACUGGGGCAGUCUCCGCUUAUCAUGGGGAGAUAGACGCUGCUGCCUUACUGUCUUGAUGGUACGAGCCCAGGGCCUCACACAUACGAGGCAAGCACUCUGUCACUGAGCUGCAUCUUCAUCCGGAUCCAGUUGAUUGGCCUUGGUCCUCACAGCUCCAAAAAGAAACAGGAUCUUGAUAAGCUCUAUGAGCUGAAGUCCAAAGCUCGGCAGAUUAUGAACCAGUUUGGCCCCUCAGCCCUAAUCAACCUCUCCAAUUUCUCAUCUAUAAAACCAGAGCCAGCCAGCACCCCUCCACAAGGCUCCAUGGCCAAUAGCACCACUGUGGUAAAGAUUCCAGGCACUCCUGGGACUGGCGGCCGUCUUAGUCCUGAAAACAAUCAGGUAUUGACUAAGAAGAAAUUACAAGACCUGGUAAGAGAAGUGGAUCCUAAUGAGCAGCUGGAUGAAGAUGUGGAGGAGAUGCUGCUGCAGAUCGCUGAUGAUUUCAUCGAGAGUGUGGUGACAGCAGCCUGCCAGCUUGCUCGGCAUCGCAAGUCCAGCACCCUGGAGGUGAAAGACGUCCAGCUGCAUCUAGAGCGCCAGUGGAACAUGUGGAUACCAGGAUUCGGCUCUGAGGAAAUCCGACCCUACAAAAAAGCCUGUACCACAGAAGCUCACAAACAGAGAAUGGCAUUGAUCCGGAAAACAACCAAGAAAUAACACAGGGAGCAGUCAGGGAAUGAAUGGACGACAUGUAUUUGGAGAUACUUGAGCUGAGACCUCAGCCAUCUCAUCCUUGGAUUUUUUUUUAAAUGCUUUACAGAGAAGCAUAUAUUUUUUAUUAACAGUGCAGCAAUAUCUAUAAUGACUGAGAAGAUCUGCCAAAAGAAUAAAGCCUCCUACCCCACCUUCUGGUCCCUUUUCCCUGCCAUCUCAAAGAAGAGCAGUGUGUCUUCCGGAGAAGAUCUUGCCUGUGGUUCAUUAUAUAAGUGAUUGGCUAUAGGCAGAGUGUUACAGUCGUGUUGGGUGAGACAGUGUUAGCAGGUUUGUAGAGAGUUUGUCUCCUCCUUCCCCUGUCCCUGUACUUUGUAAUGUCAGUGUUUAUAUGAAUAUGAACUUGAUUUGCUUUUCCAGAAUAAAGAAGUUAUUAAUCGAA